AUGAAUAUUUUAUUAUCAUGUAUUUAAGGUUAAAAAGAAUUCAAUCAAAAGCAACUACUUUAAUUAGAUAUAGACAAAUAUACUCAAUAUCCUGAGACUCUCACUCCAAUCUUUAUUCAAGUUGCUGUCAAAAUAUAUGCAAAUAAAGACAAGUACUUAGAUGCAUUGGAAGAAUCUAAAAUAUUACAACUCAUUAUUAAAGGACUUGUUAUCAAAGUAAUCUAACUAUUUAAUUUAACUUUUAGAGAUAUAAUCAUGAUGUCCUUAUUGAAAUUGGAUCAAUUAUCAAUUUCUAAUCAAAUGAUAAAUCGAAUCUUAACAUAUUUUAUUAUGUGUACCUAUGUUAACUUUACAAAUAAAAGUCAAAAUCUUAGACUGUUCAACAAUAACAACAAUUAAAUAAAAUGAUCAAUAUCUAUGAAGAUUAAUUCAAGAAUUACAUACAUCAUUUAUCAUAAAUUGAUUGGAAUCAAAACUUACUUCAUGCGCUCAUCAAAUGUGUUUUAUUUAAUCCAAUACUUUUUAGAAAUCAUUCAAAAUAAAUUCAAGAAUUAUGCAUUUAAAGAAGAUCAUAAACACCAAUCCUUCAACUCUUAACUUAAUUAUAUGCUGUCCUUCAAUUUACAUAUUUGGAAAGCAAAUAAGGAAUCAACUCUUAUCAAUCUUAAAUUGCAAAUACACUUGAACAAAUUUUUGAUGCUUAUUAUGUUCUUGCCACUUUAAUUGAUUUGGAUAAAGAAAAAAUAAUCUUAUAAAAUAAUUGGUAAACUCAUUUAUCCACUGAAGAAAUCAAAAUGAAUCUUUUAAAUGUAAUUUAUUCACCUUAAUUAGAUCGAAGGAAAAUGUUAAAAAACUAAAUAUUCAAUCAUCUUUUAAAUUAUUAAAGACUUUCUAACCACAAAUGAUAAUUUUUAUAUCAAUUUCAAAGAAACUUUAAAUGUCCUAUCACUCCUACUUCAAUCAUAAUUACAAUUUAUCAAAGAAGAUAUCUUAAUUGAUAUUCAGAUUGAAAGUGUCAUUCAAAAAAUUGGAGAAAUUCUAUAACUCAAUCAUUCUUUUAAUGAUCAUUUAGAAGUAGUUUACGAAACCUAACUAACUCAAAGUAUAAUGUAAUAAUUAUAAAAUAAACUCAAUAAAUUAAUGAUUGAUAGAGGAAUUACCCUAAAUAUAGAAACAUUCAAAGAAUUAAACUUCUUAAGUAAGUCUAUUUCACUUACUUUAUUGAAUACACUCAUAUAGUCUAGUUUUGGAUAAGGUUUAAUUAUCAAUACAUCCAUACUUUAAAUUUUAUUUAAAUUUACAUAAUCAUCAUUUUCAGUAAACACAUAAAUCAUCAAAUUAAUCUCUUCACUAUGUGAAUCUAUGUCCUAAUAAAGUAAUUAUUAAAAUUAAAGUAGAAUUUUUAACUACAAGAAUUGAAUUAGAAAUAAUUUCAAGAAUUCUUGAGUAACUAGAACUUGAAUUUCCUAAAUUCAUGAAAAAUAUGAGUAAUUUUAUGAAACGAGAAAGACAUUCAAUUUAUCAACCAUAAAAUAUUGAUAGUAAAAGGAAACAAAAGCCCACCAAAGACAUAUAAUUAGGUUUUCUACCUUAAGAUUAACUUAACAAAAAUAGUGUAAAAUUAUUAAAAUCAAGAUUUGCAAAUCAAUUUACUGCAUUAUCAUAAUUGGUUGUAAAUAACUUAAGAUAAGGAUAUUCAUUGGAUUUAACUAAAAGAUUGUAUCAAUUAUUAUUUAUUAUAUUUUCAUUUCCACAUGACAUUUUAUUAAAUUAUUGUGGAAGUCAAGUUAUCUCAUCAUUAUUAGUAUUGUGUAAGGUAGUCUUACAAAAUUACAAUGAAUUAGAAUUAUGCUUAAUCUAACCUAUUAAAUAUUUUAUUUAAUUUUUGCUUUCAUCAGAAGUCUACGAAAUAGACUUAGAUUUAUAAUAAGCUACUUUAGGUAUUCUAGAUUUGAUAAAUUUUGUUUAUUAAAGAAGAAAAACUUUAUCGAUUGAUAAUUAUGUAUCAACAAUUGUAAAUUAUUGUAAUAUUAAUUAGAAAUCAAUUAACGAUUAAUUUUCUAAAGCUCAAUAGAUAUUUUAAUCUGUGAAUUCAGACGAACAAUAUUAUUCCUGUAAGGAGAAUUAAAUGGAUGUAUCGAUGAAUGCCAGUAAUGGAAAUAAUAAUAAUCUUCAUUAAAUAGCUGCUCAAAUCAGAAAAACUAAAAGCUUUAUUGGAGAAGAGGAAAGUAGCUCUAAAUAAUAAAAAUAAACAGAAGAUGAGAUGUUUUAUUCCAUAGUAAAUAAUUCAAAUGUAGAUAAUACAAAAGGAGAAUAGCAAAAUUAAUAAAUUGUUACUUUACAAUAAAAUAUCAUAGUGAAUGAGGAUGAUGAGAUUGAAAUACCAAAAGUUGUUUUCGAUUGA